AUGGCUUACCAAGAUUGUCUCUUGGCGCUUGACUUGGGAUCCACUGCUGAAGAGCAGGAAACCGUUCAAAGGCAACUUCAGAUUCCCGCCGUCCUCAACCUCGCUGCCUGCAUGCUUGCCACAAAGGCGUUCCACAGAUGCAAGGCCCUCUGCAAUGUCGUUCUGGAUCUCGAGCCUCAGUCUCUCAAGGCCAUCUUCCGACGCGCUCUGGCUAGCUUUCACCUGGGGGAGUUGGAUGAGGCGAAGGCGGAUCUCCAGCGCGCCUGUGCAAUGUGUGGGGGCCGACACCCCUGCGAGGCGGAAGAGUUCUCAGACGCCCAAGACAGUGUGAAAGACAGACUGGCGACAAAAUCACAUUCCCUAUUGAGCAUGAACAGCCACAAGGAACUUCCAAGCGGCAUUCCAGAGAAUGCAGACGACAGAGAAAAGUUCCUCAAGAAAGUCAGCUAUUACUUGCAUGCAAUCGCCCAGCAACAGAAGCGGUACGCUAAAGCAUGCAAGAACAUGUUCAGCGACGACCGCCUGGAGUCGGACGGUGUUUCAGGAACCCAGGACUGCAAGCCUGGGGGGACGCUCCAUCUGGAGCGCCUUCCAAGCCAGGCCUCUUGGAUGUCUCCGCUCACCUUUUUCAAGUGCUCAAAGUGCAGUUUCUGUGCUAGGCGCGCAGAACGGGUCGAUGGAUGA